CUUCCCCAAUGGAGACAUUUGACCAGAGAGAGUGGAAGCAUAUACUUCAUCACUUCCGCUGGCGAAAAUAAUUAUAAUUAUUAAUUAAUAAACCCCCAAAAUUUCAACGAAAAUGGAAGAAGACGACGAAGAAAAGACGCAGAAAUCUCGGAAGCAGCAGCAACAGGAAGAAAACGACGACAAAAAACAAAGACGAGACCCAGAGAUGUCUUCAAGAUCAUCGCUUCACUCACUACCACCAACUACCAUUGAUUCACCUCCCGACUCACCCAACACCGUCUCUUCAAUCCCCGAUAGCCACGGAUCUUCUCCUCACACAGUCGUCCCAACUCCUUCCGUAGCUUCCGUCGCCACGAAGAACGAGACUCCUUUCAGGGUUACUAACGCAGACUUGGCGGAGCAGAAACUCGGCGAGAGCAGGAGGCGACUGAGGCCGAGCUUCUCCACGACUCCGCGUGAAUCGAAAUGGACAAGUUUCGUGAGGAAGGCUUUGCUUGGGUUUAGGGUUACUGCGUUUGUGUCGUGUCUCGUCUCCUUCUCUGUUAUGGUUGCUGAUAGAGAUAAAGGAUGGGCUCGUGAUUCUUUCUACCAAUACAAAGAGUUCAGAUUCUGUUUGGCUGCGAAUGUGAUUGGUUUUGUCUACUCAGCUUUUAUGAUAUGUGAUCUCGUGUAUCUGUUAUCUACUAGUAUUCGCAGAUCACGACAUAACCUCCGACAUUUCUUGGAAUUUGCUCUUGAUCAAAUGAUUGCGUAUCUUCUUGCAUCGGCUUCAACUUCUGCUUCGAUCCGUGUAGACGAUUGGCUAUCAAAUUGGGGAGCAGACAAGUUCCCAAGCUUAGCUAGAGCAUCUGUCUCCUUAUCUUUUGUCUCCUUUGUCUCAUUCGCCUUCUGCUCCUUGGCUUCCGGCUAUGCCCUUUGCUCACUCCGGUCUAUCUAACAGACGAUCUCAUUUUGUUUUAAGUGGUAACAUAUAAGUUGCAUCCUUAUGUAAUUGGUUUAUAGAAAGGCACUUGACCCUAAAACUCUCUAUAAAGAAGAGGGUCCAGUUUCUUAACAUUUCAAAAAACUAAACUUUUCUUUUAUAUGGUGGAGGAGUUUUAGUUUGCUAGCUUUCAUGUUGCAGAAUAUUCCGUCUCGCAAAAGAUAGUGUGGAUCCUAUUUAUGUUCUU